UGCUGUGCUGACAAGAACUUAAUUUGAUUAGAGAAAUUUGUUUGUGAUUUAAAGUUUAUGUGCAAAGCUAAGAAUAUAAAUUUAUUAUAAGCAAAAAUAAUAAUUUGUUAUAAACAAAUUGAAAUUAAUAACAAUUAAGCAAUAAAAGUUAAAAAAAUGUCACGAAAUCAAUUACCCGAUUCUUCAUCCUCGCCGCCAAUAAGCCACCUGUCGUUUCAUAAUUUCGACGAUGACAUGAUCAACGAUUUGCCGUCGUGCGUYUAUGCAGGCGCAGCGCAUCACGUAACCGCCGCAGCGGGUGGCCUUGGCGGUGGUGGCAGUAACCUGCGUAUGAGCACGAGUAGUCUGCGUCAAAUGCAACAACAAUACUUACAACAUACGGAGAACCUACUGGAUUCUUCAACAGGCAUGUCGCUGGUCACGGCGAGCUCAUCCACGGGCUGUGGCGCUGGUGGCGGYGGUGGUAGUUCAUCCAUGCACUGCAAUAGUCCGAAUGCGASCAGCAGCAGUGUGGGKUAUGGCAAURCCGGSWCKGUGAAUGCAGCGGCUGCCGCGGCUGCUGCAGCGGGCUCGACUCCUUACAAGCUGCAGCGGCAACAGGCGAACGUGCGCGAGAGGAAACGCAUCCAGAGGUCGGCACCAACUGGUAGCAUUAAUUCAGCCUUCGACGAGCUGCGUGUUCAUGUUCCCACCUUUCCCUACGAGAAGCGUUUAAGCAAAAUCGAUACUCUACGCUUGGCCAUCGCCUAUAUUUCAUUGCUGCGUGAGGUACUUCAGACCGACUACGAUCCACUCACCUAUGUAGAGAAAUGUUUGCGUGGCGAGAUUAAGGCAGAUCGUGCCAACUGGAACACAAGUGAUCUGACAGCACGGCUUUCUUGGAUCAACUGGGAAAAUCUGGGCGUACAUCCAGGCCGCCGAACUCUACUUACCACACUGGCAUUAUCCUCGGAGCCAAUGUGCGGUGCACAUUGUGGYCCAUAAAUAUACGACUUCGAACACUAGUUUCUAGGAGUCUUGAGGCAUAUCUUUUAAUUUUGUUGUGAUACUAAUUUAGUGCAACUGUCUUCCUUUUUCUGAAUUAAUUUAAGCUUAAAUUAAGCAAAAAUAUAACUAUUUAGUAUUAUUUGUAAAAAGUAUU